AUGUUCAUCAAGGUGUGCGUGCAGCAGUGUAGCUAUCAGCUCAAACGGAUAGAGCUCAGUUUCACGGGAACUCCCAUCGCCGCGGGAGGACUGCGCCGCAUUAUCGUCAACGAAAGUCUACGUGUCCGAAUGAGUUAUCUGCGCGACAGUCUGAUUACAUCAAAUGCAAAUAAAACCAUUUCAAAACUGGAAGCAGCUUUGUCAAAAAUUGAGGAGAGCUUGGCACACUUAGCAACGACAGCAGAAGGAACGACUGGUGAUCAGGACAUCCUACCGACCGAGAUUGAGACUCUGGACAGGCUAAAGAACUCUAAAUUGCAAUCCAGCAUAAAAGAGGUUCUUCAACAGCACGUUAUCAUUGGCCAGCAACACAACGACGAAAGAGAGCAACAGCAACGAGAAGAACAGCAGCAGCAACAUAAAAUUCAGCAACAAGAGGAGCUUCGAAAAGAAAAUGAUCUUCACGAGCAACAGCUCCAACUUCAGCAGCAGCGAGAGCAAUUGCAAUGGGAACAACGUCAAUUCGAACAACGAAAGCUCGAACAGCAACAGAAUUUGGAAAAAAGAGCCCAGGAGCACCAACAAUGGAACCAGCAACAUUUCGAACAGCAAUCAAGAAUCCUGAUAGAUCAGCCACCAAUCCCAUCAUUUCCGGACGACGCACGACAAAAUCAGUACCAGCAUAUCCUCAGACAACAACAAAUACAGGCUCAACAAUUUGCGCAACUUCAAGAACAAUGUGAGCAGCUACAAAGAAGCUUGGAUGAAGAGAGAGCAAAGCGGCAGAACUUAGAACAGCAGACGGUACAACAGCAGCAACAACAACAACAGCACUAUUAUAACGAUCAACCCCACGGAGCUCGAAGGGUUGAGUUCGGACCUCAAGGAAAUGGACCUACUUGGUCAAACUGGAACACUGGAUCUCAGCACAUCAGGGGGGAAGAUAACCAUCAUUCCUACAGAUUCUCGCAACCUUUACAUCGUUGGAAAAUUGAGGAAUACGGCGGAGAAAAUGAUAUUCGGAAGUUAGGAGAGUUUCUCAAUCAAGUGAAAAUGUACGCAACGACGGAAGGGAUGGAUGAUGCCACACUGCUACGCGUGGUAAAACAGUUGCUAAAAGGAAGGGCGUUUGAAUGGUACACCAGAAGUUAUCGGAGCAUGUUUACGUGGGAAGCCUUCAAAACCGGCAUAAAAAAUGAGUUUCUACCAUCGCAUUAUUCCGAGAUCUUCAAGCAGGAUCUCUAUCUGCGAUUCCAGGGAGCAAACGAGUCAUUUACGUCCUUUUACCGAGACUUAAUAGCUAUUUUCGACAUAAUUGAACCACCAAUGCCCGAAUCAGAAAAGUUAUUCAUCUUGAAAUCACAUCUCAACACGGAUUUCGUCCCGAUUGCCGCUGCAUCCCAAGUUUCUUCCGUACAGCAGCUAGUGAAGGUGUGCAAAGAUUUUGAAGUCUCACGCUCGUAUGCCAUGAAAAAUCGAUCUCCAAGCAACGUGCUCCGUAGUUCCUGGCAGAAACCUUUCCAUCCGCCAAACAACCGACCUUCGGGGUUCAAUGCACAACCUCAGCAGAAUUUGUAUCGAAACAACAUCGUUCGUCAACAAGUACACAUGGUGGAAGGCAACUUUCCGGAACAACUUUCGGACAUGACCGCUGAAGAAUAUCAGGAGAGGGAGCUCGCACAAUUCGACACGGCCAUGAACAACGCAGAAGAGGUUGCAACUAUCGAAGAGGAGGUAGCAUCGCUAAUUAUAAAUCCUAUCGAUACUGAUAAUCGUCAAUAUGCGGAAAUAAAAGUUCUCGGGCUAACACUACAGGGACUUCUCGAUAGCGGAGCAACAUGCACAUUAAUUGGCGGAGAGUUGACCAAAAUCUCAGAUCAACUGGGUCUCAAGAAGUAUCCCGUAAAAGGCGAAAUAAGAACCGUUGACAACUCACCCCAUCAGGUUUCUUACUUCACUUACCUACCAAUAGCGUAUAACAACAAAACACACACCCUACCGGUGUUGUUUAUCGAAUCGAUGCCCAAAUCUCUCAUACUGGGAAUGGACUUCUGGGACGUGUUUGGGGUAAAAGCCAUGGUCUGUGGACUAACACUUACCUCUAAAGUCAACCACGAAAUCAUCAGCUCACUAUCUCAAGUACAGAAGCAGCAAUUGACGCAGACGAUAGCCUGGUUUCCAACGGCGGAGAACAAGAGAAGACUAGGGCGAACGAAUCUAUAUCAUCAUAGAAUCGAAACCGGAACUGCCCAACCGUUCAAACAAAAAUAUUACCCUAUGGCAAAGUUCGUUUUAGACGACCUAAAUAAGGAGAUUGAUCGAAUGUUGAAACUAGAUGUGAUCGAGGAAGCUAUGUGUUGUCCUUGGAAUAAUGCUACGGUGGCGGUUAAGAAAAAGGAUGGUUCCAUGAGACUCUGCCUGGAUGCAAGGAAAUUGAACUCGAUCAUCAUUCAGGAAGCUUACCCGAUCCCUCAUAUUGCUUCGAUAAUGAACAAUCUGAGUGGAUCUAAAUUCCUUUCUUCUAUUGACCUGGAAUCGGCCUUUUGGCAAAUACCCCUGGAGCCGGAAUCAAAGCCGAAGACAGCCUUCACAAUCCCUCAAAGGGGCCAUUAUCAAUUCAAGGUCGUACCGUUUGGUCUGUCGACGGCAAGCCAAGCACUUUCCAGAGUGAUGGCCCACAUCUUUAUCGACCUUGAGCCUCGAGUUUUUGUCUAUCUGGAUGACCUCAUAUUAGCAACGGAAACCUUUGAAGAACAUCUUCACCUUCUAAAGGAAAUUGCGAAAAGGUUGCACAAAGCAGGGCUCACAAUCAACGCGGAGAAAUCAGUGUUCUGUAGGAAGAGUCUGAACUACCUAGGAUACAUUCUAGAUGAGAAAGGCAAGGUCGAGGCAAUCAGCAAGUUUCCGACACCAUCAACAAAAAAGGAGGUUCAAAGGUUCAUCGGAAUGUGUGGUUGGUAUAGGCGCUUUAUACGUGACUUCUCAAAAACUGCGACCCCACUUACGGAGCUGACCCGAGCGAAGGCAAAAUUCAAGUGGUCUGAGGAGUGCGAGAAGGCCUUUCAAACAUUAAAAAACCAACUGAUCUCGGCACCAAUCUUAACUACACCAAACUACACUAAACCAUUUGCUGUUGCAUGCGAUGCCAGCGACGUUGCUAUCGGUGCAAUACUAACCCAGGAAACAGAAAACGGAGAACAGGUUAUUUGCUAUUUCUCUCAGAAAUUAACACCAUCUGAACGAAAGUACUCGGUAACACAACGAGAAUGUCUCGCAGUUAUCAGAUCGAUCGAAAAGUUCAGGGGAUAUUUGGAAGGAAGUCACUUCACUGUUUACUGCGACCAUUCAAGUUUAUCGUACCUCAAAACCAUGAAGAAUCCCACACCUCUUCUAGCCAGAUGGAUUUUGAGAUUAAACGCGUAUUCCUUUGAUAUUAAAUACCGAAAAGGGACAGCAAACGUGGUUUCUGACUGUCUUAGCAGGAUAGAGUUAAACAAUACUGUUGCAACUGUACAGUUGGAUACCUCAGAUCAAUGGUAUAACGAACUUCUGGAAAAAGUAACGGCGGAUGCAGAUAGUUUCCCAGAUUUCCGGAUCAUUGGUGGUGUGCUCUACAAAAAUUGCGCUAUGGUAGAAGAGACGGGAGGAAGGUCUCACCGGUGGAAACAAGUUGUUCCUGGACCAGCAAGAACGGACCUAAUACGACGAUUCCACGACAUUCCUACAGCAGCUCAUCUGGGAUUCGAACGAACUCAUCAACGAAUUCAACGAGAGCACUACUGGCCGAAUAUGUCGAUCGAUAUCAAAAAAUACGUCAGAGCUUGUCAAGUAUGCAAGGCCUACAAAGCACCCAACAGCACCUUAACUCCAACCCUAGGUAAUCCAAAACCAGCUAAGCUACCGUGGGAGCUUAUUUCGGUAGACUGGGUAGGCCCAAUGACGCGCUCCAGAAAAGGGUUCACGGUCCUUUUUGUAGUAGUCGAUUGGAUCACCAAAUUUGUGAUCGUCGAGCCUUUCCGUACAGCGAACGCCCAGAAGAUGGUUCAGUUUUUGGAGGAAUAUGUCUUCCUUCGUUUUUCCACACCCAGAAUAAUUGUGUCUGACUCUGGAUCACAGUUUUUAUCGCAGGUUUUUCAAUCUCUGUUGAAGCGAUAUAACGUAACUCACAUGAGGACAGUUUUCUACACCCCAAUGUGUAACGCGGCCGAGAGAACAAACAGGACACUUAUCACAUGCAUAAGAUCGCUUCUAGAUGUCGACCAACGAGAAUGGGAUGCGCACAUCCAACAGGUCGUGUGUGCCAUUAAUACUACCAAGCACGACACCUUAGGAUGCAGCCCAUAUUUCUGCAACUUCGGAAGAGAACAUAUCCUCUUCACGGAAACGUACCCCUUGGCAAACCUCAACACGCCACAGGAUCCAGUAAAAGAUCAAGAGUUGAGACUGACGGUCAUAAAAAACAUCCAAGAAUUUGUCCUGAAGCGCAUAAACAAAGCUCAUGAGGCUAGUAAGCAGCAUUAUAAUUUUACGAGCUCGAAGUCGGGAAUUCGCAGUAGGCGACAUCGUCUGGAGAAGAUCUUUUGA